AUUUAGUUUAAACAAUUGAUUAUUUCUUAUACUUUCAGACUCAAUUAUAUGAUGUUGUUUUAUAUUGUUGGUGUUUGUAUUUAUGUGCAAGUUGCACUAAGUGUAGAGAGUGUUCCACGUGGUCAUAAUGAGUGGUUGGGCUUUCAUAGACCAGCUGAAGGCCACAUUGAUGUUUUAACUGAAGUUCCCACCCCACAAAAGUUCUGGGAGGAUUAUUGUAGUUUGGGCAAACCAGUCUUGUUGAAGGGAAUUGCAUUGGAUAUGCCUGCAAGGCUGAAAUGGACAGAUGAAUACAUGAAAGAAAACUAUGGGGAUUUGAGGGUGAAACUUGAAAGCAAAUAUGAAAAAGACUUCAAACCUGAGGGUGACCGUGGUAUGGGUCAAGACUCCAUGCGACGAUUCCUUGACACCUAUAUUGAGCAUGACAAGUACAUGGUGUCACAGUUACCUGACCCACUCUCAGAAGAAGUAACAGUCCCCCAACCAAUCUUAUGUGGUUCAUUCCGGGAAAGAAUUCUGGAAGCAAAUAUUUGGAUGAGUUCAGGAAACACAAAGAGUUUGUUGCACAGAGAUGCAGACAAUGCAUUCAAUUGUCUUUUGAACGGAACAAAAGAUUGGAUUCUGAUUGACCCUGUGCAUCAGGACCUUCUGCCUGUUGCUGUAGAAAGUGGUUCACCAUAUGGCGGGUACACACUAAUCAAUGUGAACAAAGUUGAUUUGAUAGAAUUUCCGGAAUUCAAAGAAGUACCGUGGUAUUACGCGAAUGUAUCUGCAGGAGAUUGUCUGUUUCUUCCUAAAGGACAUUGGCACCAGGUUCGAUCCUACGGAGCGAAAAACUUGGCUGUGAGCAUCUUGUUUUCGCGCUUGAAUGAUUUUAAUCCCAAAGGCUGCCCCAAGGAGGGAGUUCCUCCUUCAGAGUUGUUAAGUGAGGUACCGAUGGUGUGGACAUACGACGGGUUUGAGGCUCAAACUAUGGGAAAUGCAGAUCCAUUUGAGUUAAAAGAUGAGCUUGAGAUGAAGUGCAAACAUGCAGAGGGGAAACUAACACUUGAGAUGUUCGAGGAAGACAUGAUAUCUGGGUUGGAUGUGGAGGAAGAAGCUUACAAAGGAACACUCAAGGUGGAUGCAGAUGAAUACGAGAUUCCUGAUGAAAAUAUCGAGAUUAUGAAGCAAAGAGCUAAAGCGAUCAUGGACCUCAUUGAUCCUGAUAAUAUUGGAUAUUAUGAUUGUAGUCAACUUGAGGAUAUGACAGUAGACACACUGAAGAAAAUAUCGGAUAUAAAAGAUCCCGAUCCUGCUAAUACCGAUCAAUAUGAAUUCUUACAUCUUCAUCCCAAUCUUGUUAGGAAAACUAUUCUGAGUUCUCUUGAAUUAUCGAAAGAAAGUUUCAUGGAGAAAUAUCAUUCACACGAGGGUUCGAUGGCCGGGGCUCAAUGGAUCUUUGAGACUUUGGAUUCGGACAAUGACGGUCGAUGCACAGUGGCUGAAGUAAAGGGAAAUAUGGAGAAGGUUUUGGAAAGAUUCCAAGACAGUUUGCUUGCAGAUGUUACAGCCCACCAAGCUAAGAAGAUCAAUCAAAAUUCCAAGGAUGAAUUAUGAUCACGUUAUAUUUGAUGCCAUAAGAGAUUUGCCACGAUGAGAUUAUUUUAUUUGUAAAAUCCACUUUUGAUCGUCUGUUCAAUCGGUAUCUUGUGCAAUUUGUACAAUAAUAAAAGAAAAAGAAAUAGUUUUAUUGAGGUGGCAGUUCCAAACAUGCUGCAUGUAAUGUAACAGCCACAUC